ACGCCGAGAGUUUCGCGCCGGUCGGUCUCUCGUGGCCACCAGCCGUACACACGCACACAAGAGCGAGAGAGAGAGAGAGAGUAGUGAGUUGUCAGAAAAGUGUGGCGUAUUCAUACGCGCGCGUAUUCGAACGUCGACCACGUACGGGAUCGGGUCGUGUUAUGCCAGCUUCGGUCUUGUUUACACGUGAGACUAUCGGGAGGACUAUUGGAACGAUCGACCGUUGACAAGGCGACACACAAGACAGUAUCGACGUGUGAACUGAGAGGUUAAGUGUACAAAGGGCAUCCGCGGAGACUGUUGAAAUGACUGUGCAAAAGUUUAAACCACGCGGCGGGAGUGCGACGGAGGAGCAACAAUCCGGCGAUAUAUUGACACCGUCCAACGAACCAUUGGACAACGAUAAAGAACAAUCGGCCCAGAUCUGCUACCGCGGUGCGCCCCAGGAUAGCGAGAAUCUGUUGGGACGAGUGCUAGCUGAAUUCGACGGGACCACGGUAUUGUGCCGCGUAUGCGGGGACAAGGCGUCCGGUUUUCACUAUGGGGUACACUCCUGCGAGGGAUGCAAGGGAUUCUUCCGGCGGAGCAUCCAACAGAAGAUCCAGUAUCGGCCCUGCACGAAGAACCAGCAGUGUAGCAUCCUGCGUAUCAACAGGAACCGCUGCCAGUAUUGCCGUCUCAAGAAGUGCAUCGCUGUCGGCAUGAGUCGCGAUGCGGUGCGAUUCGGCCGUGUGCCCAAGCGCGAGAAGGCCAGGAUUCUGGCCGCGAUGCAGCAAAGUUCCCACAGCCGUUCGCAAGAGAAGGCGGUCGCCGCUGAGCUGGAGGACGAGCAACGGCUACUGGCUACCGUUGUCCAGGCCCAUCUCGACACAUGCGACUUCACCAGGGACAAAGUCGCGCCGAUUCUCGUACGGGCCCGGGAAACACCGAACUACACCGCGUGUCCACCAACUGUGGCAUGCCCAUUGAACCCUAACCCCCAGCCGUUGACUGGCCAGGAGGAAUUGCUCGAGGACUUCUCGGAGAGGUUCUCGCCGGCGAUACGGGACGUUGUGGAGUUCGCGAAACGCAUUCCUGGAUUCAACCUGCUUACACAGGACGACCAGGUCACGCUGCUCAAGGCCGGCGUGUUCGAGGUGUUGCUGGUCCGACUCGCCUGUAUGUUCGACGCUCAAACGAACAGCAUGAUCUGCCUGAACGGGCAGGUGCUAAAACGAGAGUCCAUCCACAAUAGUAGUAACGCGAGAUUCCUGAUGGAUUCGAUGUUCGAUUUCGCCGAGAGAGUCAACUCUCUGCGAUUGUCCGACGCUGAACUUAGUCUGUUCUGUUCGGUGGUGGUGAUCGCCGCGGACAGGCCUGGACUCCGUAACACCGAGCUGGUCGAACGUAUGCACAAUAAAUUGCGAAACGCUCUGCAAACCAUACUAGCUCAGAACCAUCCCCAGCAUCCGGAUAUCCUGAGAGAGCUAUUAAAGAAGAUCCCGGAUCUGAGAACAUUGAACACCCUCCAUUCGGAGAAGCUGCUCGCCUUUAAGACGACCGAGCAACAGCAACAGAUGCUGGCACAACAACAGCACCAGCAACAACAACAACAACAACAACAACAACAACAACAGCAACAACAGCAAACGCAACAUGUGAUCAGUGCUCAACAACCGCAGCAGCAGCAACAACAUUGGCCAAUGGAGGAGGAACCACCAGCGUCCUGGGGCUCCGCCUCCGACGUCACAUUGGACGAGGCCGUGAAGAGUCCCCUGGGCAGUGUCUCGAGCACCGAAAGCACCUGCAGCGGCGAGGUCGCCUCACUGACAGAGUACCAUCACGUAGCUCCACCCAGUGGUCACCACGCCUCCAGUGCACCGCUUCUUGCCGCCACUCUGGCCGGAGGUCUCUGCCCCCAUCGUCGACGGGCGAACUCUGGCAGCACCAGUUCCGGCGACGAUGAACUCCAUCGAGCCUCCUUAUCAAAAACACCGCAACCGCCCCAGUGCCCGCGAUUCCGUAAACUGGAUUCGCCCAGCGACAGCGGUAUCGAGUCGGGCACCGAGAAACCGGACAAGCCAGCGAGCAGCAGCGCCAGCAGUGCACCAACAUCCGUCUGCUCCAGUCCACGAUCAGAAGAUAAAGAAGUAGAAGAUAUGCCAGUGUUGAAACGUGUCCUACAAGCGCCUCCUCUCUACGACACCAAUUCUCUGAUGGACGAGGCGUACAAGCCUCACAAAAAAUUCCGUGCUCUACGCCAGAAGGACAGCGCGGAGGCCGAACCAGCGGUGAUUGUACAGCACACGCAAUCCCAGUUACAUCUUCACCUGACCUCCCCUCCAGCGCGAAGUCCCUCGAAUCAAGCGCAACCCCAGUGCCCGCAGACCGCUAGCUUGCUCAGCAGUACGCACUCCACGUUGGCCAGAAGCCUAAUGGAGGGCCCAAGAAUGACCGCAGAACAACUGAAACGCACGGAUAUCAUUCAUAACUAUAUAAUGCGCGGCGAGACCAGUCCCAGGUCGCCAGCUGUGUCGCCAUCCCCAGCCGAACAGUGCGCCUCCACGACCACAAUCACUGCUCGUUCACUUCAAGGAUCUCAAGGGCUCUUGCAAUGCGCCACCAGCAACUACUCGACGACCAGAUGGCCGGCCACGUCGGUGAUCACGACGACAACUGGCGCCAGACAUCAGCAGCAACAACAGCAGCAGUCUUCCUCGGACUACCUCAUGGUUGGGAACUCGCCAGCUUCGUCGCCAAGGUACCUGUCCGCGGCUGCCUCGAGUAGUACGAGCACGAGUCCAAGGCCCACCUCCAGCACCGCGGCGACGUUGAUGCUGUCCGGUUGCCCGAGCAACAUGAUGGAGCUUCAGGUGGACAUCGCGGACAGCCAGCAACCGUUGAACCUGUCGAAGAAAUCACCGUCCCCGUCGCCGAGACCUCUGGUCGGCCCCUGCAAGGCUCUGUCCCUCGAGGCGUAGUGGUCACCCGCGGUAUGUAACAGUCGUCUACGCGAUGAUCGUUCGUAACGUGUGUGCAGUUCCAUCGGUCCCUCGAUGAUGGGGAUUUUUGGGUAUAGAAGUUGCAGCCCAGGCGCGCACACUGUCGCGGGAAUGAAGAACGUAAACGAGUAUAUGAAAGUGCCAGGACGCUCUGAGCGCGUGAUAAACCAAAUAAUUUAUUAAUUUAAACUAUUAACCGAUAAACUGCGCGACACGACACACGAAUGGUUGAGGGGGGGGGGGGACAGGUGGCCGCGCGCGGUAGUCGUGUGUCCAGCCCCUCAGCAUUCACUGGCACUCCUUCGGGAGUCUGAGCCUCGGAUAGAAGAGGGUUCCUCUGUUUUCCAAAUAAAACCGAGUGCGGUGAAACGAGAAAUGG